AUGUCCACCCUACCCUACUUUCUGGGGGUCCAGUCCGGCAGUCAAGCUAGCGGGUGUGUCAACGACAACGAGCCAAACCUCACAACUCCAAUUCCUGAUGGUGAUGGUGGUGGCUGUCCACCAGUCGGUGUUCAACUGAAAGGCGUGAUCUUAACAUUCUUCACCAUUGAUGUCAUACUGGGGUUGUUUGGAAACACACUCGCCCUGUGGAUCUUCUGCUUUAAACUGAAGGCUUGGAACCCCAACAACUUGUUCCUCUUCAACCUGGUCAUUGCAGACUUCCUGGUUCUAGUGAGUCUGCCAUUGAGUAUCGACACCUUUCUUAGGGGCUAUUGGAUAUUUGGAGAUGGCUUGUGCCGGAUCCAUUUCUUCCUGAUGUUUUCCAGUCGUUCGGCCAGCAUUGCAUUGAUGACUCUGGUGGCCAUUAACCGGUACUUUAAGGUGGUCCAUCCUCACCACUACUUUAACCGCAUUACCAAGCAGCAGGCUGCAUUUGUUUUGCUGUUUGUCUGGCUCCUGGUGAUCAGCACUUGGGUUCCCAUGCUGGCAUUCAACCAUAUCAAGAACAUCCACAACAACACUCAGUGCUUAUUCUUCGUUUCAUACAAGGAGGACGGUUCCACCAUCCUGGUGGGUACGUACCGUAUCCUGGCAGUCCUGGAGUUCAUCCUUCCACUGGCCAUGCUGCUCUUCUGUUCCAUCCAGAUCUCCAGCUCCUUGAAGAAGCGACAGAUGGGAAAACUGGCCAAGGUGCGCAAGGCGAUGAGAGUGUGUGUCGUUAUUGUCACAGUGUUCAUGGUUUGUUUCCUGCCCACCACAGUGACGACCAUCGGGGUGUUGGUCAUCCGCUCGUAUCGCCCAUGGGACUGUAACGCCUUCUAUACCUUCACCCAGAUCACCAUUGUGUCCUUUGGGUUGAACUUCCUGAACUCUGCCCUGGACCCCAUCAUCUACGUCUUCUCCAGCACCAUGUUUAGGAGGGCGCUGUUGGGUGCUCUGCCACGUGCCCUGCGCUGCGGACAGGACACAGAGGAGAGAACUCAGUCCACCAUCCAGCAAGAGCUGAAGUCCAUGAGAGCUGACAGCUGGAGUGAGGCCAUAUCAUAA